GUGUGUUUUUUUUCUCUCCCGUAGAUAUAUAUAAGGCGUGCAGCUGUCAGAUGGGGGGUCGAUUAUCUAAAGCAGGACUGCAGCAGCUCUUGCAAAACUACAUUGAGGCAAAAAUGGCUCAUGCAUGGGGUUAUGCUCCUAGUAACGGACCAGACAAAUGGGUUGAGUCUUUCCCCAUCGCUGACGGACCGCGUCAGUCCCCCAUUGACAUCGUACCGGGCCAUGCGUCCUACGACGGCGGGAUGAAGCCGCUCGGCCUCAAGUACGACCCAUCCACCUGCCUGGACAUCCUCAACAAUGGCCAUUCCUUCCAGGUCUCAUUCAUGGACGACAGCGACAAAUCCACUCUGACCGGGGGUCCCGUCUCAGGCGUGUAUCGUCUCAAGCAGUUCCACUUCCACUGGGGGGCUUCUGACGACAGGGGCUCCGAGCACACCGUGGCCGGGAACAAGUACCCAGCUGAGCUUCACCUGGUGCACUGGAACACUAAAUAUGCUAGCUUUGGUGAUGCUGCUAGCAAACCAGACGGACUUGCUGUUGUUGGAGUUUUCCUGCAGAUUGGUGAUGAAAAUGCCAACCUCCAGAAGGUUCUGGACGCUUUCGGUGCCAUCAAGACCAAAGGCAAGCAGGUCACCUUCCCUGGCUUCGACCCCGCCAGCUUGCUCCCCGCUUGCCUGGACUACUGGACCUACGAUGGCUCCCUGACCACGCCCCCUCUGCUGGAGAGCGUCACCUGGAUCGUCUGCAAGGACCCCAUCAGCAUCAGCUCGGCGCAGAUGGCCAAAUUCCGCAGCCUGCUCUUCACCGCCGAGGGCGAGGCCGAGUGCUGCAUGAUGGACAACUACCGUCCCCCGCAGCCGCUCAAAGGGCGCCAAGUCCGCUCUUUCUUCAAGUGAACAUGUCCUCGCCCUUUUUUUUUUAACCCCGCUUCCCUUCUUUUUAGUCCUGGAGCGCGCCCCAAAACUCACGUAGCUCCACCUCCGUCCGAUCAUCCCUACAUGGAACUUUGAUUCCAGUUGAUUUAAAGCACUUCGCAGGUGUCGCCACGCAGGAAAGAAGCCAGCAGUUUUUUCCGGAAGCUUUUUGGGAGCUCUCGGGACGCUUAACGUGGACCAGACGGUGGCCGCUGGCGUUACGCAACUGACCCGCUUAUCGAUUUUUGGAUUUUCCCACAACAUCCAGGACAUGCAAGGUGCUAGAAAGGCCUCAAACCUGCUGAUGUGUCACCCUGUUUUUUUUUGUCUAACUUAUGCAAAUUGACAUGCCCUGAAAUGUAAACAUGUCAACAAAAAAAAAAGUGUGAUGUAAAGCUGAAAAGCGCACAAUCGCCACAGCCAAGAAGACGAGAAGCUGCCAAAAGACACGUUUUUACGCUCGAUAGCAGAGCUUUAGGAGUCUAAAGUCACCUCUUCCUACUGCUUUUCUUUAAUAAAGAUUGUGAUUCUUUUCUUUUUUUUUUAAGGAUGAAAACAAGCCUAAUUGUUCUAGUAGUUCUGUGUUGUUCUAUUUUGGAAGUGGACACUUGACCAGUGGAAUAAAUCUAUUUUAAAACUUAAAAAAA